AUGUCAGUCUUCACAAUCGUCUAUCGAGCCCUACCACCGCUACCGCUCCCCUGGAAGCGCCGAACAAGUCUGAAAGGCAAAUCCCCCGAGCUGGAAAUCCAUAUUGAUGAAAAGAAUCCCGGCUCCUCAGACUCCGACAUCAGUCCCCACGCCGAAGACCAGCACAAUGGAACCGUCUUCAUGCACCGUGACGUCCACGGCCCCGUGCAGGUAGCGGUGAAGACUCACGCACACCACAACGCACCCACCCCCCAAUCACUAUCAUCCACGCCGGACAAUAUCCCGGGACCGGCGUCGGGCCCGGCUUCCGAGUGCCGGGUGCACUAUUCCAGCCAGGCGCGUCCGACGCGCGCCCAGCUUGAUCGCGCCGUUAGUUGGGCGAGUAUUAUCCGCAGUCGGGACCGGUGGACGGCCGAGCAGGAGAGGGAGCUUGUGCAUGCGAAGAGACAGCUGGGGAGGUGUCAGAAGGCGUGGAGUUCCGAGCAGGAGGUGUGGUUGACCUAUGUCCAGGCCCUCAGCGAAGAAAAGGAGGCCCAUAAUGGGUUUCUGUCUAUGCGGCACAGACAGCAGGACGAUGAACAGCACCAGUUCCGUAAGGCGUGGAAACGGCGGCGAUCUUCGUCGGGUGAUGAUGAGGUGCAGCAGUCUGCGAUCGAGACUGCGAAUCGAUUGGGGAGGCUACGUCGCUUGCAGCGUUAUAGUUAUUCAGGGCAACGGUUGGGCGCGACGGGAUCGACAGUUUUGGCUGUGGAGGGAUGA